AAAAGAAGAAGCAACCAACAACAACAACAGACACUGUCCCUCUUCUCACCAAUUAAUAUAACUUCUCUUCAAAUCAAACCUUCAAUUAAAAUAUUGACCCCUUACCUAUUUGCUGGUGUAGUACCCUCUCUCAACAAACACACACUAAUUUGUUAACAAAAAACCCUCCCCAUUUUUAUUUAUCUAGCACACCCCAUUCAUUCAUUCUUCACUAUCAAUUGCAACAAUGGCUGCCCUCUUCACCGGCUCUCGUGUUCUCCACACUUCUUCCGACGAGCAUGAUGGGCAUCCAAUGCCCGAAUCGACGGCCAAGAUUUGCCGGAUAUGUGGGGACGAGAUCGGAAUACUGCAGGAGAGUGGAGAGGCGUUUGUUGCUUGUCACGAGUGCGGGUUCCCGGUUUGUAGGCCUUGCUACGAUUACGAGAGGAGCGACGGGCACCAGACUUGCCCUCAGUGCCACACUCGUUACAAGCGCCACAAAGGUUGUCCUAAGGCUGAUGGGGAUGAAGAAGAAGCUUAUUACGAUGAUUUUGAAGAUCAAAUUGAGCUCAAGAAUCACCAUGAUUACACUCCCGAUCCCGCUCAUCAUUCGGAAGUGAAGUUCAGUCAGAAUCAAAUUCACAUCAAUGGCGACACAAUUCCAUCAGUUGCUGGAAGUGUUACAGGUAAAGAUUUUGAAGGCGAAAAGGAAUCUCCCGACAACGAGGAAUGGAAAGAGCGAAUGGAGAAAUGGAAAUCCCGACAGGAAAAGCGAGGCCUCGUUACCAAAACCGGCGACGGAGGAAACGACAAAAACGACGACGACGACGAUGAUUUUCUCAUAGCUGAAGCCCGACAACCCCUCUGGCGAAAAGUCCCAAUCCCAUCCCGCCUAAUCAGCCCUUACCGGAUUGUAAUCGUCGUUCGUUUCGUAAUCCUCUGUUUCUUCUUCCAUUUUCGAAUCCUAACCCCAGCACAAGAUGCUUAUCCUCUAUGGAUUAUAUCCGUUAUCUGCGAGAUAUGGUUCGGAUUAUCCUGGAUUCUCGACCAGUUUCCCAAAUGGGCCCCCAUUAACCGAGAGACCUACCUCGAUCGCCUCUCGUUGAGGUUCGAGCGAGAGGGCGAGCCCGACAGGCUGGCUCCGGUCGACUUCUUCGUGAGCUCGGUGGAUCCGCUUAAGGAACCUCCCAUUAUUACAGCCAACACGAUUCUUUCGAUCCUGGCCGUUGAUUACCCGGUGGAUAAGGUGAGUUGCUAUCUGUCGGAUGAUGGUGCAUCCAUGCUUCUGUUCGAUGCAUUGUCUGAAACGGCUGAGUUCGCGAGGCGGUGGGUCCCGUUUUGCAAGAAGUACAGUGUGGAGCCGAGGGCGCCCGAGUUUUACUUCUCGGAGAAAAUGGACUACUUGAAAGAUAAGGUUCAGCCUACAUUCGUAAAGGAUCGAAGGGCCAUGAAGAGAGAAUAUGAGGAGUUUAAGGUGAGAAUUAAUGCUUUAGUGGCGAAGGCUCAGAAGAAACCCGAAGAAGGAUGGGUUAUGCAAGACGGGACUCCAUGGCCGGGGAACAAUACUCGUGAUCACCCUGGCAUGAUUCAGGUGUAUUUGGGAAGUGAAGGUGCGCUCGAUAUCGAAGGUAAGGAGCUACCACGACUAGUGUACGUGUCGCGUGAGAAACGACCUGGAUAUCAGCACCAUAAGAAAGCUGGAGCAGAAAAUGCACUGGUUCGAGUUUCUGCAGUUCUCACAAAUGCGCCGUUUAUCUUGAACUUGGAUUGUGAUCACUACCUCAAUAACAGUAAAGCUGUUAGAGAAGCCAUGUGCUUUCUGAUGGAUCCUCAAAUCGGAAAGAAGCUCUGCUACGUCCAAUUCCCGCAGAGAUUUGACGGUAUCGAUCGACAUGAUAGAUACGCUAAUCGCAAUGUCGUAUUCUUUGAUAUAAACAUGAAAGGUUUAGAUGGGAUCCAAGGGCCCGUGUACGUUGGCACCGGUUGUGUAUUUAACAGGCAGGCAUUAUACGGGUACGAUCCCCCUGCUUCCGAGAAGCGGCCGAAGAUGACUUGUGACUGUUGGCCAAGUUGGUACUGCUGCUGUUGUGGCGGUGGAUCAAGAAAGUCAAAGGGUGGCAAGAAAAAGGGAUUGAAAUCUUUACUCGGGCUCGGAAAAUUGUACAGCAAGAAUAAGAAGAAAAUGAUGGGCAAGCACUACACUCGGAAAUCGUCCGCAGCAGCUUUCGAUCUCGAGGAAAUUGAAGAAGGUCUCGAAGGGUACGAUGAAUUGGAGAAAUCGUCACUCAUGUCACAAAAGAACUUCGAAAAAAGAUUCGGAAUGUCGCCUGUUUUCAUAGCUUCAACUCUUAUGGAAGAUGGUGGUUUCCCUGAAGGGAAUAAUCCAUCGUCGUUAAUCAAGGAAGCCAUUCAUGUUAUUAGCUGUGGGUACGAAGAAAAAACCGAAUGGGGCAAAGAGAUUGGAUGGAUUUACGGGUCAGUUACAGAAGAUAUUUUGUCGGGAUUCAAAAUGCAUUGUAGAGGAUGGAAGUCUGUUUACUGUACACCAAAGAGAGCUGCUUUCAAAGGAUCAGCUCCUAUAAAUCUAUCUGAUAGGUUGCACCAAGUUUUGAGAUGGGCUCUUGGUUCUGUCGAGAUCUUUUUUAGUCGCCAUUGUCCACUUUGGUACGGCUUCGGUGGAAAAUUGAAGUGGCUUCAAAGACUUUCUUAUAUUAACACCGUUGUGUACCCCUUCACUUCCAUUGCUCUGUUAGCCUAUUGCACACUUCCAGCUGUCUGUCUUCUUACCGGCAAAUUUAUCGUUCCCACUCUGAAUAACCUAGCGAGUGUGUGGUUUAUCGCACUCUUCCUCUCAAUCAUAGUCACCGGAGUUCUCGAGCUCCGGUGGAGUGGGGUCAGCAUCGAGGACUGGUGGAGGAACGAGCAAUUUUGGGUAAUCGGUGGUGUCUCAGCCCAUCUUUUCGCCGUUUUCCAAGGCCUUCUCAAAGUCCUUGCCGGAGUGGACACAAAUUUCACCGUCACAUCAAAAGCGGCCGACGAUGCCGAAUUUGGAGAGCUCUAUCUCUUCAAAUGGACAACUCUUCUUAUUCCACCGACAACCUUAAUCAUCCUUAACAUGGUUGGUGUUGUGGCUGGAGUUGCUGAUGCCAUUAAUAACGGAUACGGUUCGUGGGGCCCACUGUUUGGGAAGCUGUUCUUUGCGUUUUGGGUUAUUGUUCAUCUCUAUCCUUUUCUCAAGGGUUUGAUGGGAAGGCAGAACAGGACGCCUACGAUUGUUGUUCUUUGGUCGAUUCUUUUGGCUUCGAUUUUUUCUCUUGUUUGGGUUCGGAUUGAUCCUUUCUUGCCCAAACAAACUGGACCGAUUCUCAAGCAAUGUGGUGUCGAGUGUUGAUAUUGUCCCCGUUUUUCUCUUUGCAGUUUUGAUUUCAAAUUAUUGCUAUGUUAUGCAUAAUAAGCGUACAUUACAAUUGUUUGUUUUUUUCCCAAGAUUUUCUUGCAUGCAAUAGAAUCAAGAAAUUGUACGUGU